AUGAUAGUUGACUGGAAUGAUUUUGUAGCUGAUUUGUAUGCUAGGUUUAGUGAUGAUUCUGCGCAUAAUGUGGUAGAAAAUUUUAACAAAUUACAGCAGAAUGGUUCAUUAGAAGAGUAUAUUGAUGAAUUUGAGAAUUUGAGGUCCAUUAUGAUGAUGAACAACCAUAUUCUGCCUGAUGCUUACAUGCUUGAGAGUUUUAUUGGUGGACUCAAACCCACAGUCAAACCCUUUGUGAAGGCCCUCGGACCUGGUUCAAUUGAUGAUGCUAUAGACAUAGCUAGAUUACAAGAGGAGAACCUGACAGCCAUGGGUCACAAACCUACCUACAAACAGCCUUAUUACAACCCUAAACCUUUACAAUAUAUUCCACUUAUACCUAGCAACAAACCACCCUUAUUACCUACUCCAUCAAAUAAGCCAAACACAACCUUCUCCCUUACCAAAUAUCCCCACCAAAAACCCAAAAACUUCAAAUAUAUUCCUGAUGAUGUGAGACAGGAGAAAAUUGCAAAAGGGUUGUGCUAUUACUGUGAUGCUCCUUAUGAUAGGAAUCACAAGUGCCAAUUCAAAGAGCCACAAUUAUUCACUGUUGAGAUUGUUGGAGAUGAAGUUGAGGAGGUUAGUGAGGGUGAGGAUGGAGAUAUGGGAGAGACAGACAUCACUGAACCAUUAAUUUCCAUGAGUGCACUUUCUGGAAGUCAAGGGUUUAGCACUAUGAGGGUUAGGGGUGUGGUACAGGGCAAACCAAUUCAGAUAUUGGUUGAUUCUGGUAGCACACAUAACUUUGUGGAUCUUAGUAUAGCUCAGAAAUUGGGUUGCAAAGUGGAAACUAUCCCACCUCAAGCAAUUACAGUAGCUGAUGGGAACCAUCUAGCUUGCCAACACAUCUGCAAGGGUUUCACAUGGACUAUGCAGGGCAUCAGUUUUGAAGCAGAUGUUUUACUGAUUCCUUUAGGUAGUUGUGAUAUGGUGUUGGGAGUACAAUGGCUUAUCUUAUUGGGGCCUAUCUCUUGGGAUUUCAUGCAACUUCACGUGGAGUUUUGCUUUAAUGGAAAAAUUGUUCUCCUUAAGGGCAUUCCAAGCAAGAAGCUGAAAGUUAUUGAAGGAGAGCCAUCUUCCAAGGUAUUUUCCACAGCUGUCCAGUUGUGCCUAAUUCAAGUACAAGAUCAGUCUAGUGGUGGUCCAGUAGCUUCCAAUCCACAAUCUCUGGUUGCUGAAGAAUUAAAAGAAUUACAGCUUACUUAUCACAUGGUGUUUGAGGAUCCUGUGGAAUUGCCUCCUUUAAGGGGAGUGUUUGAUCACCCAAUUCCCUUGUUACCAGAUGCCACACCUGUAAACAUAAGACUCUAUAGAUAUCCUUUGAAACAAAGAGAUAUUAUUGAGCAACUAGUGCAAGAAAUGCUGGACAGGGGCAUAAUUCAAACUAGUGCCUCUCCCUUUGCUUCUACUGUAGUUUUAGUUGGGAAGAAAGAUGGCACUUGGAGAUUGUGUGUAGACUACAGGGAGUUGAACAAUAGAACUGUCAAAAACAAGUUCCCCAUUCCAGUCAUUGAUGAGCUGUUGGAUGAACUUUCUGGUGCUGCUGUGUUUUCUAAGUUAGAUCUUAGGUCUGGUUAUCAUCAGAUGAGAGUUCACCCACCUGAUGUAUACAAAACAGCUUUUAAAACACACACUGGCCAUUAUGAAUUCUUAGUUAUGCCAUUUGGCUUGACUAAUGCAACUGCUAGUUUUCAGAACUGGAUGAAUCAAGUCUUUAAACCUCUCUUAAGGAAAUGUGUGCUAGUCUUCUUUGAUGACAUAUUGGUGUAUAGCAAAACUCUUGAGGAGCAUUUGACUCACUUAGCCUUAGUGUUUGAGUUAAUGAAGUCUAAUCACAUAUUUGCCAAGCUGAGCAAAUGUGUGUUUGCUACAAAUAAGGUAGAGUAUUUGGGGCAUUAUAUUUCAGCUGCUGGAGUUCAAACUGAUCCAAAUAAAGUUAAUGUUGUUCAAAGUUGGCAUGUUCCCACUACAGUCAAAGAUCUAAGAGGAUUUCUAGGGUUAGCAAGAUACUACAGAAAGUUUGUCAAAAACUAUGCAUCUAUCAGCAAACCAUUAACUGAUCUCCUCAAAAAGAACAAUUUCUCCUGGAAUGAUCAUGCUCAGAUUGCAUUUGAACAUCUCAAAGUUGCACUGGUAACAACCCCAGUUCUGGAUGUUCCAAACUUUGAUAAACAGUUUGUUGUGGAAACUGAUGCAUCUAAGAAGGGAAUUGGUGCUGUCUUAAUGCAGAAGGGACACCCUUUGGCUUUCAUCAGCAGAUCAUUAGGUCCAAAGUGGCAGCAAUUGUCUGUAUAUGAAAAGGAAUUGUUAGCUAUUGUGUUUGCAGUGCAAAAGUGGGAACAAUAUCUUUUAGGAAGCCACUUUCUCAUUAAGACUGACCAAAAGAGUUUGAAAUGGUUGUUACAACAGAAAAUUUCCACUCCCUUUCAACAAUUUUGGCUUUUAAGUUGA